UUUUAUCGGACAAGGAAGAACCAAAAACUUUAUUUGACCAACAAGGAACCAAACCCUCAGAGGCAAACAAAGAACAAAGGUCACAUAGAGAAAAUAAUGUUCCUUGCAGCCAUGGCUAGGCCUAGGUACAAUAGUGCUGGUGAGUGCACAUUCGACGGCAAGAUAGGGGUAUGGCCAUAUGUGGAAUGGGUAGCGGCACAAAAGGAGAGUAAAAAUAGGAAAAGGGGAACCAUGGAACUGAAGCCCUCCACAAGUGUUGGCAAGGAAAAGAGCCGCGAAUACCUAAUUAAGUAUGUUUUGCCGGCGAUCAAGGAGAAGUGGCCAGAAGAAGAUCGUUGGAAUACAAUUUUUAUUCAACAAGACAAUGCGAAGACACAUGUUGAUGUGGAUGACCCCUACGUUCUUCGUGAAGCGAGAAGAGGUGGUUGGGACAUUAGGAUGAUUUUUCAACCACCUAAUUCGCCCGACACCAAUGGUUUGGAUCUUGGUUGGUUUAACUCUAUUCAAGCCAUGUUUCAACGAAAAAUGCCGAAGGACCUCCCAGAUAUUGUGAAGAAGGUGGAAGAAUCUCUUGAAGAAUAUCCACAUCAACGUCUAAACAGAAUUUUCUUAAGCCAUCAAGCUUGUAUGAGAGAGAUCAUCAAACAUAAAGGGUCCAUUCACUAUGCGUUGCCCCAUUUGAAGAAGCAGUCACUUGAGGCGACGGGAGACCUUGCAAUCAGAUUGGAUAUCGAUCUAGAGUACGUGGAAGCUGCGAGAGUGUUCUUGGCCACUCCAUGAAAAAUUUAUGUGAUU